AUGGCGUCUACCAAGUUCUCCUUAGAUACCAAGGCCAAGCUCUCAAAUGGUGCUACGAUCCCGCAAAUUCAACUGGGCCUCUACAUGAUGUCUGGCAGAGAGGCCACAUCUUCCGUCAAAUGGGCUCUCACCGCCGGCUAUCGCGGAUUUGACUGCGCUCAAAUGUAUCACAACGAGUCUGAGGCUGGGAAAGCUAUUCAUGACUUUCUUGCCAGCAGCGAGAACACACAUGCCUUGACUCGUGAGGACGUAUUCUAUACCUCCAAGUUGGCAAGCAAUGGAACGUCAUACGAUGCAGUCCGCAAAUCGAUCAAAGGCUCGGUCAAAGCAUCUGGACUCGGCUACAUCGACCUUUUUCUACUUCACAGUCCUUAUGGCGGGAAGGAAGCUCGGCUCACGAGCUGGAAGGCAAUCGAGGAUGCGAUUGAUGACGGUGAGAUCAAGCUAGGCGGCGUCAGCAACUACGGCUCCAAGCAUAUCGAAGAGCUGAUGUCAUCGAAGCCCCGUAUCCAGCCAGUCAUUAACCAAAUCGAGGUCCACCCCUUUAACACGCAAAUUUCCAUCAGGGAGACCUGCUCCAAAUACAACAUCACCAUCGAAGCGUACGCGCCACUGGCACGCGCAAUGCGGAUGGAACAUCCCAAGAUUAUCCAGCUCUCCACAAAGUAUUCGUGUAGCCCGGCCCAGUUGCUUGUCAGGUGGUCUUUGCAGCACGAUAUGGUCACGCUGCCGAAGAGCUCUCGCAAAGAGCGUCUCAUUGAAAACGCCAACGUAAAUGAGUUCGAGAUAUCAGAUGACGAUAUGGCGGCCAUGAACGCCCUUGACGAAAAUCUUGUAACUGACUGGGAUCCUACAGGUGCCCCGUGA